AACCACAUGAAAAGAAAAAGCAAGCAAGUAUAUCUGUAUAUGUAAGGUAGUACUCAGAGGGUCGAGUCCAAAUGUAGUGCCAUUCAAGUGCUAGAAUUGCUUAAGCAUGGAGUAGUAUCAAUUUUCAGGGCUCAUUUGAAAAGCUUUAAUUUCUGCUAUAAUCUUUCUUUCUUUUUGUUGGGAGCUUCUAGUUCAACUCUAUGGAGCUUUCUUGCAAGGAUUUUGCUGGGAUUCUUGCUAUAGUCUUUCUUUUUUCAGUCUGCAGGGGCUUAGCUGCUUACGCUCUGGGUGGCAAUGAGACAGAUCAACUGGCCUUGCUUGAAUUCAAGGCCAAAAUAACUGAUGAUCCUCUCGGGGUUCUGAAAUCAUGGAACAAAUCCAUCCACUUCUGUCAAUGGCGUGGUGUUAAAUGCGGUAGAAGGCAUCAAAGAGUCACCAUGUUGGACCUGCAGUCCCAGAAACUGGUGGGAUCCAUAUCACCACACAUCGGGAAUCUGAGCUUUCUGAGAGUACUACAACUGGAGGAGAAUGGCUUCAACCAUGAAAUCCCUCCAGAAAUCGGCCAUUUGCGCAGAUUGCAGAUGCUAUUUCUGAGUAAUAAUUCUCUCAGUGGUGAAAUUCCUGCCAAUUUAUCCAGUUGCUCUAAACUCAUGUAUAUCUAUGUUGGAUGGAACAGGCUGGUGGGGAAAAUUCCUGCAGAGCUUGGCUCCUUGUCAAAACUCCAAUAUCUUUUCAUUCAUGCCAACAGUUUAUCAGGAGGAAUCCCUCGUUCUUUUGGUAACUUAUCCUCACUUGAGCGACUUUCUGCAACUCAAAAUAACAUUGUUGGCACCAUUCCUGCUUCCCUUUUCCAACUAAUAACUCUAACGCAUGUUGCACUGAAUGCAAAUGGCUUGUCUGGGACCAUCCCUCCCUCACUCUCCAAUCUCUCUUCUCUAAUAUUUUUUGCCGUGUCCUUUAACCAUUUACAUGGGAAUCUUCCCUCCAACUUAGGCAUCACUCUUCCUAAUCUCCAGGACCUUAGCCUUAGCGGCAACCGGUUCACUGGGUCCAUUCCUGUUUCAUUAUCCAAUGCUUCAAAUCUAGAAUACUUCUCCUGCAACGGUAACAAUCUUACUGGAAAAGUUCCUUCCUUGGAAAAGCUCCAACGGCUUCAUUUUUUUAGUGUCACUUCCAACAAUCUUGGUAAUGGGGAAAUUGAAGAUUUGGGGUUCCUGUCUUCUUUGACCAACGUCUCCAACUUAGAGGUAUUGGCACUGAACGUAAACAAUUUUGGGGGUGUGUUGCCUGAAUCUAUUGGCAACUGGUCAACUAAGCUUGCAACGCUCCUCCUUGAUGGCAACAAAAUAGGUGGAAGCAUCCCAGCUGGGAUAGGCAAUCUUGUCAGCCUGGAGAGAUUGGAGAUGUGGGAAAAUCAACUCUCAGGUAGCAUUCCGGUUGAUAUCGGAAAGCUUCAAAACCUACGGAUGCUGAUGUUAAUAAAAAACAAACUCUCAGGAAUACUUCCAUCCUCUCUUGGGAAUCUAGAGAACCUAAUUCAACUUGUUUUAGGGAGAAACUAUUUUCAGGGCAAAAUUCCUUCAAGUCUGGGGAAAUGCCAAAAUUUGCUCUUCUUGGAUCUUUCUCUCAACAAUCUUAGUGGCACCAUACCCCCUCAAGUUGUUAGUUUAUCAUCCUUAUCAAUUUCUCUUGAUAUAUCCGACAACCGUUUGACUGGUGCCCUUCCCAUUGAAGUUGGGAAUUUGAAAAAUUUGGGUGUACUAGAUGUUUCUAAUAAUAUGUUGUCUGGUGGAAUUCCCAGCAGCGUUGGUAGCUGCACUAGUCUGGAAUACCUGUCCAUGAAGGGCAACUUCUUCCAAGGUUCCAUUCCUUCAUCUUUUAGUUCAUUAAGAGGCAUUCGCAUUUUAGAUCUGUCUCACAACAAUUUGUCAGGCAAAAUUCCAGAAUUUCUUCAAGACAUUCACUUUCAGUUAGUGAAUCUAUCUUACAAUGAUUUUGAGGGCAUCUUACCAACAGAAGGUGUCUUUAAGAAUGUGAGUGCAACUUCCAUCAUGGGAAACAGUAAGCUCUGUGGGGGCAUUCCUGAAUUUCAGCUGCCAAAAUGCAACUUGCAAGAGCCUAAGAAAAGGGGACUGAGCCUUGCCUUGAAGAUAAUAAUCGCCACUGUUUCUGGGCUUUUAGCAAUAACUUGUGUGCUGUCUUUCCUAAUCUUUCUCUGGUUGAGAAAGAAAAAAGGAGAACCUGCUUCAAGCUCUUCAGAGAAAUCACUUCUGAAGGUGUCCUACCAGAGUCUCCUAAGGGCAACUGAUGGGUUCUCUUCCUCCAACUUGAUUGGUGUUGGUAGCUUUGGGUCUGUAUAUAAAGGAAUUCUUGAUCAUGAUGGAACAGCCAUUGCUGUGAAGGUACUUAACCUUCUGCGGAAAGGAGCUUCCAAGAGUUUCAUAGCUGAGUGUGAGGCCUUGAGGAACAUCAGACAUCGGAAUCUGGUCAAGGUACUCACUGCAUGUUCAGGUGUUGAUUAUCAGGGUAAUGAUUUCAAAGCUGUUGUUUAUGAGUUUAUGGUCAACGGAAGCUUGGAGCAGUGGCUUCAUCCAACUCCUACAACAGCAGAAGCAUCUGCGCCACCAAGGAAGCUUAAUUUUCUUCAAAGACUAAACAUUGCCAUUGAUGUUGCUUGUGCAUUGGAUUAUCUUCAUCAUCAGUGCCAGACACCAAUAGUCCACUGCGACCUCAAGCCAAGCAAUGUUCUUCUGGAUACUGAAAUGACUGGACAUGUAGGCGACUUUGGAAUCGCAAAAUUCCUUCCAGAAGCAGCCACCAGAGUUCCUGAAAUUCAAUCAAGCUCCAUUGGAAUAAGAGGAACCAUUGGCUACGCUGCUCCAGAGUAUGGUAUGGGAAGUGAGGUUUCAACCAGUGGUGAUGUAUACAGCUUUGGCAUACUGUUGUUGGAGAUGUUUACCGGGAAGAGACCCACUGAGGACAUGUUUAAAGACAGCCUGAACAUUCAUAACUUUGUUAAGACGGCUGUGCCUGAACGGGUGGCGGAGAUUGCAGAUCCAGUACUUCUUCAGGAAGGAGUAGAAAUGGACAAUACUACGAGCCAGAGAAGAAUGGCAAGUAGUCAUGAUGCGCAGGAGUGCUUGAUUUCAAUAUUUGGAAUUGGACUGGCUUGUUCCGCAGAAUUGCCAAGGGAAAGAAAGAACAUCACUGAUGCUGCAGCUGAAUUGAAUUCUGUCAGGGACAUUUUUCUUGGAACCGGACUACAUAUAAGAGACGAUCGACAGGUGGGAGCGGUUUAAGGCCCUUCGAGAAGAUGAUUACACUGCUUACCUUUUUAGCUUCUACUUAGCAUGUUCUUCUGUAAAUUAUCUGAGGUUAAGUCUCCAGUCUGCAACCUGUCUUAUAUGCAUCCAAUUCAGUACGCUUUUGGGUAGUUGAUAACAUAGCGAGUAUAUCCUUCUGUUUUCUCUGUAAUUUCUAUAAGUAGUUUGGUUUGAAUAAAUUCCAACCACUUACAAGCUC